AUGGCAGACUGGAAGGUACCAGUGAGCUACAACCCAUCCUACCACGCUUUUGCCUAUGGUCUCAUGUACCAAGCAGGGGCUGAGCAAAAUCAUCCCAACUUCUCCAGCUGGGCAGAGGCCACAUACAACUCUGGGGUCAGCGGCAGCUACUACUCACAAGCGCAGCAUCAUCAAUCACCACCCUGGAGUCCUGAACAAAACAAUGCUGGCACGAGCAAUGGCCACUACCCGGGUUCUAUGGUAUAUCUUGGUGACCCUCACAGCCAUACCCAGAGUGGCCGCCUUUUCAUUUCCCACAACCGGGCUCAGCAUGAUCCGCGGACGAAGGAGACCGAGCGGCCAAGUAGCGACACUCAGAGCGACUCGGAGACUCAUACCUCACCAGGUAAAUAGCUAGCCAAGUUACAAGUAUGUAGCUAACAUUAGCUAGUUCUUGUUUUGUGCUAGGUAAUUGCCGAGUAAGUCUCUCCGUGUAACUGCGUUCUACCGUGCUCUAGGUAGUUAGUUUGUCUAUGAAACGGGCUGUAUCGCCGACAUAGUGGUAGUUAUUGCACUGUAUUUGUUGGGUCUCUGGCUAAAGCUACGAUCUCCCUCUCAAACGAGGCCCAUGUGUUUGUAUCCAACGCCAUCUUGCUGGUUACAUGUUCUUUGUUAUGAACCGCCAAAAGUUCCCACUGGCGCGAGGGUGUACUUUUGGUCAGAUUGCUUGGACAAUGGCGCAACCAUGUGGCUUGCUCGUGAAUAACUUAAAAUUAAACCAAGCCAAAAGCAGACUUCACAUGCCAGCAAGUGUAUAUACUUUUCUCCUUUCCUCACUCAGAUUCGUUGAGUUCAGGGAACGGCAGAGAGGAGUACAAUCCUCAAGCCAACCCAGCCACCUGGGUGAGAAAGGAGUUGGAUGAGGAGACAGACAGUGGAAGCCCAAAUAGCAGUGAGCAUGUCUCCAGUUCUCAUCCAGAGGAGCUUACAAGUCUACAAGUUAUGGGGAGUGAGGACUGCACCCUGCAGUCAUUGCCCCCAUCUCCUCCAGAGAAAGCGGACAAGAAUACCCCCAAACAAAAAGCUCGGACUGCUUUCUCAACAGGCCAAAUGGAUGCCCUUACCCAUAGGUUUAACAUGCAGAAGUACCUCACCCCUGCUGAGAUGAAGACCCUGGCUGGACUGACUGGGCUAACUUACAAACAGGUGAGUUGAUAUAAGGCUACUUGCUGUGUUAUGAACAACUCGUGCUUCACAAAUGUAUCGAAUCAUACAGUUGGCUGGUAUUUGCUUCUUAUGAUGUUGACUAAUGUUUUUUCCUCUUUCAGGUAAAAACGUGGUUCCAGAAUCGCAGGAUGAAACUCAAGAGGCACCAGAAAGACGACAGCUGGGUAUUACCUGGCUACCCCAACCCUGGAUACCCCAACAUGCCACAGCACCCUCAGGUAAGUACAAUUAUAAUGCUCUGUAACCUAAUGUAGCAGGCGUUUAAAGAUGCCUGAGCAGUGUCCCCACAUGUUUUUCGGGGGAAACAGAUGUUGGGUUGAAAAUACUGUAUCCCUUAACUGGAAACAUCCACUUUCUGCGGACACUGUGGAGUGUAUGCGCUCUAACCCUGUCCAAUAGACAUUUUCCAUACCCAGUUAAGGCACUUGGCCUAUUUUUUUUGCAAUACUACAUUUAUAGUACACAUUGCUCAACCAGUUGUCUAGCUUGUGCAUCCUGUUGGUCAGUAACAGGGCGGCAAUAGGCUUGGACAUAGAGUGACUCGUCCACAAUGGAGACCUGUCCCUAGUCUGGACAAUGUCUUAAAGGCAGGACGAUACAUCACCACACAGCUGUGCUUUUGCUUCAUGCUUUGCUUCAUGCUGACCUUCUGUGAUAUUAACCACCUAUUUUUAUUUUUUUUAUAGUUUCAGGGUGAACCUCAAGCACAGAUCCAGGACCACACCAAUGCUCAACAGUUUCGAGAAGCCAUGUUAAGGAAGAGCCCUCAACAGAACCUGCCUUACUAUGCUGGUGGGUACCCUCGGCCAUCCUCUUCUCCCCCCCAGCCCCCUGCAAGGCCCCCGGGCAACUGGCCCCUGCCCCCAGCUGUGACUCACUAUGAGUACCCCAAUGGCUACAGCACCGCGAGGGGCUACAGCACGGGCAGUGUAAACCACAACACUAGCAUCAACAGUGACGACGGGAACGCCAUCAGCCCCAUGCGCAUGACCAUGAUGCAUAACUCUAGCCAGUAA